ACUUGUGAUAUAUUAUAUAUAGUUUGGAUAUCAAUAAUUGAAUUAUCGCAAAAUGCUAUCGGAUGGAGAUAUAAAUGUACAACUAAUAAACAAUUGAAUGGACAGGUAGUUGUCAUAACUGGUGCUAACACUGGUAUCGGCAAAGAGACGGCCAGUGAUCUGGCAAAACGUGGAGCAAAAGUAAUAAUCGGAUGUCGUGAUGAAACAAGAGCUGCAAAUGCUAUCAAAGAUAUUAAGGCAAAGAACCCAAAGGCAGACAUAACGGCAUUCAAACUGGAUUUGUCUUCACUAAAGUCUGUCCGCGAGUUUGCCCAACAAUUGAACGAAAAAUACCAGAGAAUUGAUAUACUCAUCAAUAAUGCCGGUCUUUCGAUGAACGAUCGCAGAGAAACUGAGGACGGAUUUGAAAUGAUGUUUGGGACCAAUCAUUUGGGACACUUUUUGCUAACAUUGCUUGUAUUGCCAUUACUACGCAAAUCGCCAAAAGCACGGGUGGUUAACGUGGCGUCAGUUGCUUAUAGUUUCGGUGAAAUAGAUUUCAAUGAUAUUAAUACUUUAAAGAAACCGUACGAAAUGUGGUCAAUCUAUGGUCAGAGCAAAUUGGCUAAUGUCCUGUUCACCCGUGAACUGGCCCGACGAUUGGGCACCGACUCAUCAAUCAAUGUCUAUGCCGUCCAUCCGGGAGGUGUGCGCACAGAGUUUGCCCGAAAUCAACCGUUUUAUAGUAAAGUAUUUAUGCAUGUGUUUGGAUAUAUAUGGCUCAUAAGUGCUAAAUCGGGUGCUCAGACAUCACUGUAUUGUGCCAUAGAUGAGGCACUGGAUAACGAAACGGGAUUUUAUUAUGAAAACUGUAACCGAAAUGAUAACUUAUUUUCCAAAGCCAAGGAUGACGAGUCGGCUCAACGAUUGUGGGAAUUGAGCGCACAAUUAGUUAAACUUGAAAAUCAAUAUAAUUUGGCGAAAAAUCCUAAUUAUUUUAAACAAUAA